UUUUUAUUAUGUUCUUUAAUGUUAACUUUCUCUUUUAACAAUCCUAAUUUAAUCUCUCAGUUACUUUUAUGUUUACCAAUCAUAUCUCUUUCGCAGUCCAGGUGAAGUUUCAUAAUUUGCCAUUUUUACCACUUAUUAAGGUAUUUCUUCACCGAGUAUAAACAAGCAAUGCAUUAGAGCUAGAAAUGAAAACGUUAAAACGUAAUUUUUUUAAGCUUGGUGAACAAGGUAGCCUGGCCCUACGGAAACCACAUACGUACAUAUAAUAGCUCUCCCAAUGCUUAGAAGUUGCACAGAAGCUUACAAACGUCAGGUUCGUUAUCCGAACCAAAUAUCUGAACCUGACGUUUUCUAAUUGUGUUCUUGAGAAGCUUUUAGGUUCGGGAGUAAACGAACUUCUUGAUUAAGUACACUUUCCCGCUCAUCAACACACGUAUAUACUUCUUCUCUCUCUCUCUCUCUCUCCAAAGUCUAGACCUUUCUCUCUGGUCUUCACUCCAUUUAACUUAGCCUAGUGGAGAAAACACUUUCUCUCUCUCUCUCUAUUCUUCUCUCGCUUCAGCAUUCUUUGUCUUGGUUUUCACUAUUCACCAACGAUGGACAGGUAAGCUAGAAACGUGUAAACCCACCAAUGUCAAGAUCUUCGAAGAAACAGAUCUUUCUGAUAUGAUUUCACUCUGACCCUAAGCUGAUUCCAGUGACUAUAUUCUAUUAAGUUUCUUCUCUUAUAACUCAGAAAGGUCUUAUCUUUGUUCAAAGCCUCGAAAAGAAUGAACCUUUCUAUCUGGUUUGUGAUUAAACAUGCAAACUUUCAGCUACUUGCAUUCUAUUUUAGGCAUUACUUGUAUCUUUUACUCUGUUUUCAGCUUAAGAAUCUAGAGAAAUUUUUUUGAGUGAUUCAUGAAAGCUCAGCUGUCUUGUUUCCGACAAGAGAUGUUUGAAUCUAGUACCAUAGUUCAUAAACAUGUUACUAAAACCAUGGAAACUAGUUUACAAAAAAAAAAAAAAAAACCAUGGAAACUAACUCUUGGCAGGACUUGGAUUGUGGAUGGUCCAUGGAUUGUGAAGAAUGUAAAGAAUGUGUCUGUGUCAUCAGAUCUGCAGAUUGAAGACUGCGGAGCAUAUAUAGACUGUCCCAACUGCGGUUACCGGAACGACAACAGAAAUGUACUGACUCCAUGGCCAGGCCUUCCUAAAGGUGUAAAGUUCGAGCUAACCGACGAGGAAGUGAUCGAGCAUUUGGAAGCCAAGUGUGGGAUUGAUGGGUCAAAACCAAAUCCUUUUAUUCAAGAUUUUAUCUGUUCAGUAGAUGAUAUCAAUUACACUCACCCUGAAAACCUUCCAGGGGUGAAUAAGGAUGGAACUAGUGCCUUUUUCUUUAACAAGACGGUGCUUGCAUAUCCCAAGGGGGAAAGAAAACGGAGACUGAUCACACCGUCAGUUCUGACAGAUGCGUCUGUACGUUGGCGCAAGACUGGUAAAACCAAACCCGUGAUGGUUAAUGGAGUCCAUAAGGGUUGCAAAAAGUUCAUGGUGCUCUACAAGAGCGCGAAGAAGGGACUAAAACCUGAGAAAUCUAAAUGGGUUAUGCACCAGUAUCACUUGGGAAGAGAAGAAGCGGAGACUGGUGAAUACGUUGUUUCCAAGAUCAUGUAUCAGCGACAGCAACAACAGGGACUGGAGAACACUCCAGAAGCUUCAUCGUCUCUUGUAGAGAAGAACCUUAAUUACUGGGAUUUCAACAUGAGUUAUGGAAACUGCAUGGUUUCAGAUUUGGAGGAUGCUGAUUUAGGGUCUCUCCCUGAUAUUUGUUCCUUUGCUUCCGAGGACAGCUUAAUGAAUUGUCUGGAAUGGAUCUGAAGCGUCAAAGUAAGGAUUAUAUAAGAUGGUGUUUUCUUUUUGUUCGGAUAAAGGAAGAAGAAGGAAGACAAAAAAGUAGAGGAAUGUAAAUAGAUUAAGUAGCCAGUAAAGUUGAGAUCAGUCGCCAUCUUCUGUUUCUGUCACUCGGCUACACCAAGAACUAAAUUUUCAAUGGCUUCAGAUCUCCAACAGAUUGUCAUGUUUUUUGUUUCCUCUCAUUUGCUUUGUUCCUUGUUCUUUUGUUAAGUUCGUGUAAAGCCUCUACCGCAUGUUCUGCCUAUGUCUAUCUUCAGCGUGUUUGCGGUCCAAUGUAAUCUGAAAUGACUUUAUGAUAAGUAGUUUAUCACUAAAUGGCUCCAGUCCAAGCACGGUUAAUUAUGAAGUUCCAUUUGUAUAAGUCUACGUUGUUGACAUAUUAAUCAAAUCAGUUUUAAAGCAUUUUUCACAUGUACCUCUCUUUAUGAGAUGUUAUAGUUCAAUGCUUAAAGAG